ACACGAAUCUCGCUCGCUCACUCAGCAGCAUCAACCAGUAGCAGGAGCUGAAAACUGAGCUUCAUCUAUGGGGUCCGUUUCUCUGAAAAUCGGAGAUGGAACCGCCAGAUUCAAGAAGGCAACUCUUUGUUCUUCAGCGCUCAACAUUCUCAUGCUCAUUUCUGUAAUCACCACAAAUCUCUUCGCCUUGUACGCCUUCACUUACUCUCCGAAAGAUCGCGAAGUCCAUUCGCUCAAUCGCACGCACAAGAACAUUUCUCUCAUAUCGGAACAGGUUUCUUUAAUUCUUAGAGAGAUCGAUGCUUCUCAGAAGAAGCUUGCUCAGAUGGAGAAGGAAAUUCUUGGUUAUGAAAGCAUCGAUCUCUCCAGAUCCAAUGUCGCAAACGAGCUCAAACUCUUUCUCCAGCGCCAUCCUCUUCCUCUUGGUAAAGAUUCGAAAAGUGGAAUCACUGAAAUGGUUGCAUCUAUCGGGCAUUCGUGUGAGAAAUCGAUGGACCUUUUGUCGCAGUAUAUGAAUUACAAGGUCUCUGGACCUUGUCCUGACGACUGGAGCCUUGCUCAGAAGCUGAUUCUUCGUGGAUGCGAGCCCUUGCCGAGGCGGAGGUGUUUGGCCAAAUCUGUGCCGAAGACAGGUUUGCAACCUUUCCCUCUGUCUCUGUGGAAACCUGUAAGUGAUAAGAUUGUUAUGUGGAGUGGACUUGGAUGUAAAAAUUUCCAGUGUCUGAAUAGCAAGAAAUUAGGCAGGGAUUGUGUUGGUUGCUUUGAUUUGGCUAAAGAAUUUGAGAAUCAGAGAUUUGUCAAAGCCAAAGGGAAGAAUGAUUUUCCAAUCGAUGAUGUUCUAGCUUUAACUAGUGGUGGAAUCAGGAUAGGUUUAGACAUUGGGGGAGGAUCUGGAACAUUUGCUGCUACAAUUGCUGAGAGAAAUGUGACCAUUAUUACCUCUACUUUGAACAUGGAUGCCCCAUUCAGUGAAUUCAUUGCUGCAAGAGGGUUGUUUCCUCUGUUUUUGAGUAUAGAUCAUAGAUUCCCUUUCUAUGACAAUGUGUUUGAUUUGGUUCAUGUCUCAAAUGGAUUGGAUACUGGUGGAAAGCCUGAAAAACUGGAGUUCCUCGUGUUCGAUAUCGAUCGGAUCUUAAGGGCGGGUGGAUUACUUUGGCUGGAUAAUUUCUAUUGUGCUAAUGAUGAGAAGAAAAAAGCUUUAACUCGCUUGAUCGAGCGGUUUGGAUUCAAAAAACUGAAGUGGGUCAUUGGGGAGAAGUCUGAAUCAGGCAAACCCGAGGUCUAUCUGUCUGCUGUUCUACAGAAGCCUGUAAGAGUAUGAUCAUCAAACUAGCUUCAGCAGGAACGGGACAAGAGGUACGAGAGAAUUGUUUUUUCUCAUCUUUGAUUAUCAAAAUAUUGAGUGAAUUUGGUAAUAGCAUACUCAUUGCAUGUUUCAAAAGUGAAAUAAUGAAUAGCAUCAAUUGUUUAUUCUGAUUA